UUUUUUUAUUUUUUCUUGGUUAUUUUCACUCAAAACCUUCUUAAUUUUUAAAAAUUCCUUAAAGUUUUUUUGAAUUUUUUUCGAAUCAAUACUACAUUGUUGUAUACCAAAAGCCUCCAAAACCUUCAAAAUACCAAACUGUUGAAAAAUAAAUAGAGGUUUCCAAUAGAGAUCGAGAUUUUUGAAAAUUUAUUUUUUUUUCGAAACGUGCUGAAUAAAUUUUAUUUCUGUUUGGUUGGGCAAUGUACAGACCAAAACGGCACGGACCAAAACGAUGCAACCUAAACAGUCGCGCCGUUGUUUUAGCCUGCGCCGUUUCGGUCGCGCCGUUUUGGCCCGAACCGUUUUGGGCGUGUCCUGGUUGGGCAAAGUAGUCUCUAAAAAACCCUUUGAAUUUUUAAUUUUACUAAAUUUUAUAAGAAGGAAUGGAUAUAGAAUUACAGCAACAACAACAACAAAUUCGUUAUGACCGCCAAAUUCGUUUGUGGGGAGAUGAAGGACAAAAAACUAUUCAAAAAGCAAAAAUUUGUGUUUUUGGUUCUAGUGCUUUAGCUGCUGAAAUAUUAAAAAGUUUAGUUUUGGCGGGUGUUGGAUAUUUUCAUAUUAUUAAUAAUUCAAUUGUAAAGACGUCAGAUUUGGGACAAAACUUUUUUUUGGAUGUUGAUUCUGUUGGGAAAUUGAGAGGAGAAUGCUUGGUUAAAUUAUUGACGGAAUUAAAUCCAUCAGUUCACGGUCAACAUUCCCCAGUCCCUUUUGGAGAAUUUUCUAAACACGAAAUGUUUAUGCUUUUAAAUUUUUCUUUGGUUAUUGGAACAAAUAUGUUGGCAAAUGAAGCUAUAAAAUUGGACAAAUUUUUGUUUGAAAAUAAUAUUCCUUUUUUGUUCGUAAAAUCUGUUGGAAUGUUGGGGUAUUUGCGGUUAUCUUUUAAUGAACAUAUUAUUUGGAAUAAUAGAAGUGUUAAUGAUUGUUAUGAUUUGAGAAUCGAUUCUCCAUUCCCAGAAUUGUUAAAACUUGCAAACGAAACAGAUCUCAAUUCAAUGACUCAUGAACAACAUUCACAUACACCUUAUGUUUUGUUAUAUUUUAAAGCUAUUGAAAUUUGGAAAGAGAGACAUUCAAUUGACCAAAAUGUCGAAGAAAUGGAGGAAGGAGGAAACAAACUUUCAUUCUUCCCAAAUAUUAAAGACUACAAAACUCGAAAAGAAAUUGAAAAAAUUUUGUUGGAAAUGAGACAACCAGACGAUAAAGGACGUUUGGAUGAAGAAAAUUUUAUGGAAGCAACGAGGAAUUUGUUAAAAAGUUUGGGAAGGACUAAGGUACCUUUAAAUGUUUCCAAAGUUUUGGAUGACCCAAAAAUCAAUUCAUCUUGUAAUGUCUCCAAAUAUUCCAAAUCUUCUACUUUUAAUUUAUUUUGGCUUUUCUGCUCAGCUUUAAAUAAAUUUAUUUCGAAAUAUGGCCAUAUGCCUAUAUCUGGACAACUUCCUGAUAUGACUAGUGAUUCUAAAAGAUAUGCUCAAUUAUUGGGGAUUUACAGAGAAAAAUCAUUCGAAGAUGCUCAAUUAUUUUAUAAUAUAAUUAAAGAAAUGACUGAAGAAGAAGAAAAUAAUGGGGAGGAGGGGGGAGGAGAUAAUGAAGAAAAUUCAAAUGUAACAACAGAUGAAGAAGAAUUAUCUAGAAUGUCAACUUCAGAAUUUAAUGAACAACAACAAAUUGAUAAUAAUUUACUUAAAAAAAGAAUUAGCGUAUCUAUGGAAAGUAUGGACGAUUAUGAUGAUGAUGAUAAUGAAGUAGAAGGAGGAGGAAAUGGUUCUUAUGGAGAAGACUUCUCUACAGCCCAUUCAUUAAUGGAAACUUCAAAAGAAUUUAGUGAGGAACAUUUACCUAAAAUUACAUUAGAACAAUGCAAAAAUUUUUGUAAAAAUGCUUCAAAAAUUGCUGUUCAAUAUGGGACUUCGCUUAGCUCGGAAUUCAAUGGAAAUAUUUUAAAGUCAUUACUACAAAAAAUUGAACAGCCCAGACUAGACGAACUUCCCCCAGUUGUUGACCCUUUAACUUGGUAUAUACUUUUGAGAGUUGUUGAUCGAUUUCAAGAAGCAAAUGGACGUGUUCCUAAAGAAGAAGGUGAUCUACGAGAAAUGAAAAGAAUUUUGGGUGAAUUGGUGGGAGAAACUAAGGACUCGGAACUAAUCAAAAAACAAGAACAAUUAUUCCCUGAUCAAAUAAUUGAAGAAAUUUGUCGUUUUGUUGCUUCAGAAUUGCAUGUUAUUUCAGCUAUUAUAGGAGGGGUUGCUGCACAAGAAGCAAUAAAACUUUGUACAAAUCAAUAUAUUCCUGUAGAUAAUAGUUUAAUUUAUGAUGGAAAUUCACAAAAUGCUACAAGUUUUAAAAAUUGA